ACUCAGUGGCGGCCUUUUUCGCCUUCGCGCUUUCCAUCGUUGGAGCUUUCACUGUUUUUUUUUUUUUUUUUUUUUUUUUUUUCGUUGGGCUGUAGCAAUUGUCGUCAUGGCGACGGGUUUGUACAGCGUAAACAUCUCGCAAUUUCGCACGUUUCGCAGUACGCUGGUACGCUCCGCGUUGUAGACCUUGUAAACUGCCGUGCUGUCGUCGAUCGACUCGACGAUGCCAACGUGAGAAAGCGGACUUUUGAACCCUUCAUGUUUAACGAGCGCAUUGGGAUAACAUUUGGGACGCUGCAAUCGAGCUCCAGAGGAAAGCAAGGCAAGAGGAAUCAUCAAGAAGAAACGAUUCCACGCUGCUGUUUGUAGGAAGCAAACAGAGCGGAAAAACAAGCCUCAUGUAUCGGCUGGUCGACAAGGCUGAAGCACCCAAACCGUCCCUAGCUUUGGAGUACAUUUUUGCGCGGAAAUCCAGAGGAACCAGCACCGUAAAAGAAGUGAGCCAUAUCUGGGAGCUCGCUGGUGGCCUGGCUUCGGCACAUCUGCUCGAGGUGCCUGUCAACAAGAAGUCCCUCCCGGCAUUAUCUGUUGUCCUGGCGGUCGACCUUUCAGCACCCGAGGUGCUGUGUACCUCGACUGAAUCCCUCCUCAAGGUUGUGCGUUCCCGGGUGGCAGCUGUCAUUGAGGAUGCGCAGAGGCUGGACAGGGCUUACGGAGAGGCGGUCCAAGAAGCCGCUGCUGCCAGGAUUCCGGAGGGACAUCCGGACAAAGGCCUCCUGGACGUGUUUCCCGUGCCGCUCGUGAUCGUGGGAACCAAGUACGACAUCUUUGAGAACUUUGAGCCGGAGAAGCGCAAGGCGCUGUGCCGUUUCCUGAGGCACCUGGCUCACGGACAAGGUGCCUCGCUGCUCUUCACCAGUCUCAAGAACGAGGCACUUGCUUCCAGGGCCAAGGCUGCCCUGAGCCAGCUCGCCUUUGGCUCCGGCACCGGGAAGGGUUCCACCGUGGACUACAACAAGCCUCUCAACAUAAUGUUUGGCGAAGAUUCCUUCGAAGCAAUUGAUGGGUCCCACCAAAGCAACACCAAAACUUCGACACUAAUGUCAAACUCAUACAACCUGGUGAAGCAACAGUUCGCAGAUUAUUUCCCGCAAGUGGAGCAGAAAAGUGUUGUUCCCGAAGACCCAGCAAGGGAUCCUUACUUCAAGGAGAAAGACAUCGAUAUCAUGAAGGCCCAAAAAGAGAAAGAGUUGGAGGAUUACCGUAAAACACGGGAGCAAGAAGCAAGGGCGAAGAACCUUCUUGGUUGGGAUUAGAAAUUGGACGCGUUUCACGUGCUCCACUUAGAAAAAAUAAUAAAAUACCAUAUGUUUGUA